AUGGGGAGUUUAAAGAGUGAGGUUGGGAGUGUGAAGAGUGAGGUUGGGAGUGUGGAGAGUGAAAUGGAAAGCUUCAAGAAUGAGAUUUGGAGUCUAAAAUGUGAAAACUCAUGUACCACACUGCUAUCAACUUCUCCAAAUGAAUCAUUGUCGGAGGCAAAGAAUAUGACUCAAUCAUCGGAUUUUGAACAGAAUAGCUUGACCCCAUCAAGCCUGUCUUUUGCGGCAAUCAAAUUUGAAGUGGACGGAGAUAUUGAAGUCCAGUCACCCGAUAGUUCACUGUGGGAGUCAUUUUUCUCCGAUCAAUUCGAAGGAGACUUCAUGAUCUCAUCGCCGGUGAGGAACUUACCAUCCCCACAAGCAUCAAACCACAACUACAACUUCAACUACGCUCAGCCGAUGCAUGGACAAACCCUUUGUGGGUGCUCUCCUCCUCGCAUGUCAUCUCCACUAGGACCUUAUAGCAGUACCCACAAAGGCACAGGACUGAGCCCACUACAUAAGGUUUUCAACUCUCCAAAUAAUAAUCAGUAUAUGCAGCCCGAGAGCCUCUCUAUUCCAGCUCUUGAGAACUUUUUGGACGAUUAUGAGAGAGAUGAUGAUAUUUUAUGUUACUCAACGGUGAAAACCUCCGGUGUUGGAAGCUCAUCGGAUUGUUUUGAUACCCUGACAACAGUUCCAGCAUUGUUGGACUGCUUAACGUUCCCAAAUUCUUCAAGGUUUUGUGGAUCGGUGAGUGAAACUUUGAGCCAAGGAGGUUCACAACUUCAUGAUCAAGAUGGUGAUAUUUAUCAGAUGGGCUCUAUUGUCAUCGGACCACUGUCAGAACAAUUGCAACAAGAAAGGCAGCAAGAAAAGAAACACCAGCGGCAACCACCGCCACAACGAGGACAACGCCACCAACCACAGAACAUUAACCCUAGUUUGAUGAUGCCUUUAUCUCUUGGACCUGAGCAGGAACAAGACAGUGGGCUUCAACUGGUCCACCUCCUUCUUGCCUGUGCCGAAUCAGUUGCCAAAGAGGACUACAUGUUAGCAAGGAGAUACCUCCACAAACUCAAUCGAGUGGUCACACCCCUUGGUGAUUCCAUGCAACGUGUUGCCUCCUGUUUCACAGAAGCCCUAAGUGCCAGACUUGCAGCAACCCUAACCACAAAACGUAGCACCUCCUCCACCACAAAAUCCUUCACUCCUUUCCCUCCAAACUCACUAGAAAUCCUCAAGAUUUACCAAAUUCUUUACCAAGCUUGCCCAUACAUUAAAUUUGCUCAUUUCACUGCCAAUCAAGCUAUCUUUGAGGCAUUUGAAGCCGAAGAGAGAGUACAUGUUAUUGACCUGGAUAUCCUCCAAGGAUAUCAAUGGCCUGCUUUCAUGCAAGCCCUAGCUGCUCGGCCUAGCGGGCCACCAUUUCUCCGAAUCACCGGAGUUGGUCCAUAUCCAGAGGUGGUGAGCGAGACAGGCCGGUGUUUAACUGAACUAGCUCAGUCUCUCCAUGUCCCAUUCGAAUUCCACCCGGUUGGAGAGCAACUUGUAGACCUAAAACCACACAUGCUCAACAGACACGUUGGUGAAGCUCUGGCUGUUAACUGCGUUAACCGGCUCCAUCGUGUUCCGAGCAACUGUCUCGGGAAUCUAUUGGCGAUGAUCAGAGACCAAGCGCCAAAUAUAGUGACCACCGUUGAACAAGAAGCUAGCCAUAAUGGACCGUACUUCUUGGGUCGUUUUCUGGAGGCACUGCACUAUUAUUCAGCCAUUUUUGACUCAUUGGACGCGACAUUUCCUCCGGACUCGGCACAGAGAGCAAAGGUAGAGCAGCAUAUAUUCGCGCCGGAGAUAAGGAACAUAGUGGCGUGCGAGGGGCCGGAGAGGGUAAUGAGGCAUGAGAGGUUAGAAAAAUGGAGGAAGAUCAUGGAAAGUAAGGGCUUCAAAGGGGUGCCACUGAGUUCAAACGCGGUGACGCAAUUGAAAAUAUUGCUGGGAUUAUACUCUUGCGAUGGUUAUAGGUUGACAGAGGACAAGGGCUGCUUGCUUUUGGGGUGGCAGGAUAGAUCCAUUCUGGCUGCUUCUGCAUGGCGAUGCUGA